UACCCAAAUAAAAAUGCAUCCAUUAACAUUGCAUCAUAACUAUAAUGGCUUAAUAAAAGCCAUACUUUGUUAUUUGAAUUCCUCGCCAUAUCCAGCAAAUGAGUUUUCUGUCCCCAACUUGAAAACAAAUUAUAAAAAUUGGCAACACUACGUAAGCAGCUGAUAGUGUCAACAGAACCGUGUUACUUGAUGUUCGCUUUGUUAAAUAAUACAAGAGUAUUUGCAAAUGCUUUAAAAACAAACAUAAUAUUAAGACCUUACAAUUAUAAUAUACGUAUCUUCUUUACAAACACAAGCGAAUUAAGCACAAUAACAAUACCAACCAAAAUGCAGCGCAUUUGGGUGCCAUCAGCAAAAGACUUCUUGGAUAGUUCUUGUCAACAGUACCGCCUGCUGUCGUACAAUAUUUUGGCGCAAGAAUUACUCACGGAUAAUAUGUUUCUCUAUUAUGAUAUCAAACAAAAAUAUCUUCGUUGGAAAAAUAGAAUUGCACUUUUGGGAGAGGAAAUUCGUAAAAUUCGUCCAGAUAUUUUUUGUUUGCAGGAAGUUCAACAUAUACAUCUGAAAGAUAUUGUUAACCUUUUGGCUUCUAAUGACGAUGGUCAUCUUAAGCUAGAAUACGUUUUUAAAAAAAGGACUGGUAGUCGUUGUGAUGGAUGCCUUAUAUUAUACGAUAGAGAAAAGUUUAAGUUAAUUAAAGAGCAUUGUGUUGAGUACCACACUGAAAACCAUUCGAUAUCUGACCGAGAAAAUAUAGCCGUACUAGCAAAAUUUGCCCCCAAGAAUGAUCUUUCAAAAACAUUUGUAGUCUCUACGACGCAUCUGCUGUAUAAUCCACGACGCCACGAUGUCCGAAUAUGCCAAAUCAACAAGUUAUUAGCUGCCAUUAUAGACUUCGCAAAAGAGUCUACAAAAAAUUACAAACUUUGUCCCAUCAUACUAACUGGUGACUUUAAUUGUACCAAUGACAGUGGCCCGUUUCGUAUACUAACUGCUGAGCGCAGGUUCGUAUGUGAAGAAACAAACAAAACUAAUCAGCAAUUUAAAAUGUAUCCUUUACAUUUCGGAGACGGCACUGCAUCUACAUAUCAAAACCAAUGGACCACGGUGGAUUACAUUUUAAAAUCGUCCUCGGAGGAAGGCGAAGAUUUUAUACAAAUUAAUAGUACAUACCAUUUGCCUCAAUUGGAAACAUGCCAAGCACAUGGAAAAUUGCCUAACAAAUAUAUUGGUUCAGAUCACUUUUGUUUAGCUAUUCAAUUCUCGAUUAUUUAGAUGAAUGUAAAUUUAAUUUUUAAAUUUUUACUCAAGUCAAAAAAGAUUAAAAUUAAACAUAUUUAUAUUACAAACGCACUUAAUUUGAAAUAUUGUCUUAGAUUUAUGUUUGGAAAUACCAUCAAGGUAAAACUUUUUGCAGUCGCUUCAAAAUCGAAUAAGAGCAUCUGUGAUUAUCAUAUGCUAUUGUAUUUAAUUUAGACUCUAUUAUAAUUACUGGCAUUUGUGGGAAUUAUAUUAUACUAGAGAAACAUAUAUUAUUUCCAAUUAAUGCAUAGUUGACAUCAUAUAACAAAAAUUUAACACUAAUAAAAACUUACCCGGAAUGUUCUAAUUGCAUAA